AUGGCGCCGAGCCGUACGAUCGCACGAGUGCUCAUCCGGAGGCUGGUCUGGAUCAUCCUGUGCGUCCGGUGGCUGACCUCCAACAUCCGAAGACAGCGCAGGCCCUCGCGGCGAGGUCACAUCGUGAGCAGCUCCUACAGAGACGACUUUCUGGGAGAGGUGCCGAACACUAGCGACAUGAUGAGGCUGCUGGAGACCGGGGACGGCGUCCUGGACGUCCGUUCCCUAUGCGAGGAGUAUCACGACCCGUCCAGCGGCUUCUUGGUCGUGCACUACGAGCACGCGGGUUCGCGAUACAGAGCCCACGUGAGGGCCGCGGUCAACACGACGAGGCUGCUGGAGUCGGACCCCUCCACGCGCCCGAUCCUCACACCUCCCAUCUUCGCCCGCUUCUCGAAGGUCGAGAUGGAGCGGGACGGCACCGACGUGACCGACGUCUUCGUCGCCUCGGCCGGCCCCUUCCGCGACUUCGGCGGGGAUGCGCUCGCGCCCUGCUAUCCGUCGGCCGGGGCGACCAUCCGCGUCGACGAUAUCCUCUCCGGUGCGGGCAUCGAGGUUCGACCCGGAGCGCACAUGCUGAUCGGCGGGCCGGAAGGCACCAAACGCGUGCCCGUGGCGGAGAGCGAGGGAGCCGAGGGGCUCGAAGUCUUCGCCGGGACCUCCGCCGGCUCCAUAGUCGCAUUCCUGGCCGCGCUCAAGACGGUCCGUGCCCGCGACGUACUCGAGUACAUGCUCACACACCCGCCCCAAGGGCUCAGGUCGCUCAGCAUCAACAACCUCCUGUCGCGCUUCGGUCUGGACGACGGCCGGAAGCUGUUCUCGUACCUAGCCGAGAUGCUCGAGGCCCUCGCAGCAGGGUCGAGCCAGCUGACAUUCGAACGGCUGUUCGAGCAGACCGGCAGCGUACUCCGGGUGACGGCUACCUGCACGACCACCUCUACGCUGACGAUAUUCGAUCGCGUCAGUCACCCCCAGUGCGCCGUGAUGGACGCCAUCAGAGCGUCCUGCUGCGUGCCGCUCUACUUCGCCCCACAUCGCAUCGGGGCGCACUCCUACGUCGACGGGGGCCUGCUGGCGUAUUACCCCUACGGGCUCCUCGCCGACAUCCCCGAAGACGAGAGGGUAGCGGUCUUCGUGGCAGCCCAGGGGCGUGGUCCCGAUGGUGCGGGUUCUGUCGUCGAAGCGCUCGCCGCGUACGUGUACAAACUCUCCUGCAUAGCGUGCACAGCGAGGGACUCGGAGGCCGUGUACGAGGCACGCUGGAUCCUCAUACUGCCGCCGGAUGAACGCUGCGGGGGAUGGCUGAGCCUGAACCCAGAGCCAUCUCUCUUGAGCGCCGCCUUCGAAGGGGCUCGCGAAACCGCAUCCCCGUACGUGAGAGACAGGCUGGGUGCCAGGAAGAGAAAGAACGACUGA